AUGGGGUGUUGCAAUUUGUUCAGAUUUUCCCGUCGAAAGGAUCGAGAGAAGCCCAGGACAUCGGCACUACAAGUCGCUGUGGCCACCAGUGACGACUUCCAGGAGAAGCGGAGCGAGGAGGGGCCGAAAACCUCCUCCACGACGGAUGUACAGUCAACGAGCACCAGCACCCCAGAACUGGUAGCGGAAAGCUUACCCGGACGUCUAUGGAACCUGGCAUACGACCAGCUCAAAUCAAAGGAUCCGAAAUUGAUCGAACACUAUGAGGGCAUCCUAUCAAGCCAAAUUGAUGGACAAGAGCUUAAGGCCGUGGACCUCAAUACACAGAUCAACAAGAUCAGCCUAGAGCAGCCAAGAUCACUGCAGAUGCGACAGCUCGUUGCCUCUGGAUUGCUCAGGACGGAGAAAGCAGCUGCGACUAACGAAGCAGUCGCGCAAGGCCUGCAGGUAUUCAAUGUCGUCAAGGAUAGCGUCGCAACAGCUACCAGAGCUUCUCCAGAAGCCUCCAUAGCUUGGGUACCGAUCUGCCUUGCUCUUGAUAUACUCAUGAAUCCACUCACCCAACAGUCUUCUAAUAGAGAUGGAAUCGCUUACGUCGUAUCGAGGAUGGAUUGGUACUGGCAUCUAGCUGAUCUUCUCCUAGAGAGAAACCAAGAAGCCCGACGAUCGCAGCCGCUGCAAGAACAACUCGAGAAGAAUCUCGUCGACCUUUACACUCGUCUUCUGGCAUACCAGAUCAAAAGUAUCAUUACAUACCAUCGCAAACGUGGCACUGUUUUUGCAAGAGACCUUGUCAAGUGGGAUGAUUGGGAAGGUGAGCUGGCUGCGAUCAAGGAGAUGGAAGAAUCGAUACGCCAAGAUGCAGCUCAGUUCAACACGCAUGAAAUCCGCAACCAACUCCAAACUAUUACGGAGAAAGCUGAGUCACAGGACAUCAGCCUGCAUAACAUUGUGACGAGUAUCCAGGAACAAACGGCGCACUCCCUGGCGUAUACGAAGAGUGCCGACGACAAUAAGUGUCUCCAACACCUGUUCCUGACGAACCCCAGCCACGAUAAAGAACGGCUCGAAAAUGCAAAAGGGGGAUUACUGGAUGGUUCUUUUCGAUGGAUACUUGACAACGCGGAUUAUCGGCGUUGGCGGAAUGACCGUGAGGAGCGAUUACUGUGGGUUGAAGGUUCACCCGGUCAAGGCAAAACCAUGCUCAUGUGCGGCAUCAUUGACGCACUCGAACAAACCGUGGCGGCGGGUGAUCUCAUAUCUUACUUCUUCUGCCAGACAUCAGAACCGCGCAACAACAACGCAACGGCAGUCUUACGGGGUCUCAUCCAUCAUCUGAUUGGUCAACAGCCGUCACUUGUACGCUAUGUACGACUUGAGUAUGAUCGCGUGGGCGAAAAGUUAUUUAACGACGCAAACACAUGGACGGCUCUAUCCAAGAUCAUUACCAGUAUGCUGGAUGACACAUAUAUACGGCAAGGGAAUAUCUACCUCAUCAUAGACGCUAUGGACGAAUGCAUCGACCCGGACGAUCGUAGAAGACUCUUGGAACUGAUUGUACAGAUUUCAAGAAGUUUAUCACACACCAAGUGGAUAAUAUCCUCACGCGGUUGGAACGAUAUUCGCGAUGUGCUUACUGAGCAUCCUCAAAUGCUUCAUCUUGGACUCGAUCCCAAAUCCGAAGCUAUUCUUGAUGCUGUCAAUACCUACAUCGAAUACAAAGUCGAGGCGUUGGCUACUAAAAAGAGACUGGAUCUAUCGGAUGCCGUCAUCAUCCGCGGCUACUUGAUCGAAAACGCCGGAGGGACAUUCUUGUGGGUAGCGUUGGUCUGCAAAACGUUGGAGAGCUCGAUUGGCAUUGUCUACAAAACGGCCAUGCAAGCCUUCCCUCCUGGGCUGAAAGAGCUAUAUAAAAGGAUGCUCCAGCAAAUCGAGAGUAUGAACGGCAUUGAAGUAAAAAUUCACAAGCUCGUUCUCGGCGUAGUGUUAACCGCGAAGAGACCUCUCCGCGUUACGGAACUACCACUAUUCGUAGAAGAGCUGGAUGAUAUUACAGACAAAGUGGCAGCGAUAGAAGAGAUCGUCCUGGGCUGUGGAUCAUUUCUUUAUCUGCAGAACGGCACAGUCCACUGCGUUCAUCAGUCGGCCAAAGACUACUUGCUGAAUGAGGGCAACAAAACUGUCAUUGGAGACAGUCAAGGCGACUUCUAUAUUCGUGUUCUUAACAGGAUAUCUGGGAUGCUUCACAAGCUCAUUAAGGAAGACGAACGUAUGGAGGAGCUGCACAUCCGUUCCACUGGCCAGAAUUUAUGGGGUUCGGAUGGUUGUUCUGGCGAAACACGGGAGAUACUUCAGCAUGUCACCCACUACGCGUCUUGUGUUAGAGACACUGACCUCAAAUUCUACAUAGUUGAAGAGGGAACAGUUUUCCAAGACUUCUUCCAUUAUUUCUAUACCCGAAGACCUAGCGAGUGGCGCGAUAAGGCGCGCGCUGAAUGGGCGGCACAACACCAGAUCCAGAAUGGAUGA